AUGAAAAAUGUUACUAAUGUUACUACACCAACAUGUUACAUAGAAUGUAUUUGUGAUCAUCGAAUUAAGCUAUAUUAUCAAAGCAAUGCAUUUCAACUUUCAAAUUUAGCUAAACAUUUUAAAAACAUCAAAAAUGUAUUAAAAGCUGUUAAAAAUAACAAGAAUCAUGUGCUUGAUACUCCAGAAGAUUCCAAUCAAAUGAUUAUAGAUGACGAAGAUUUAGAAACUGAAAAUCAUAUUUCGUUCAGUAACAAUAAUCAAAAUGAAUCUAUCCAUAAUAAUACAGAUGCUAGUUUCGACUCAGCAUCAACAACAAAUAAGAAAACAACUAGCUAUCGUCAACGAAAAUCAUCUCAUAUUAUUGAUUCUGACUCUAAUGAAAGUAGUAGUACAUUAGCCAAAUCAUUAAAUCAUAGUAAUUUCAAACGACCAUCUUCUCAUUCUAUGCCAAAACCAGGUGAAACUGAAAGUUCAAUUUUAUUUUCUCAAUCAAAAUCAACAAAGCAAUUAACAACUGAAUCAUCAAGAACAAUAAGUUUACCACCUAAUAAUCGAUCGAUUAAAGCUAUGACAGAACAAAAUAAAAAAAGUAACGCCUAUCCAAAUGCUAAAAAUUAAGCAAAAUUUCGAUUUGAUCAAUCUCAGCUUUAUCUUACUUCAAUAGAUUGCAAAUAUAUUUUUUUAUCUGAAGAUUGUUCAGCAAUUAUUCCUCGAGUAGAAUAUGAUGCAAAUUCUGACUUGUUCAAUGGUUUUGUUACUCCAGUUGUGAAUGGUGUACCAUCCGAAAAUAUUUUCUGUUGUUCAUCAUUUGAAGAAUUUAAAUUUUUAUUUGAAAACACUCCAACAGCUAGUCUUGUUAAUAUUCAUUCAGUUUAA